AUGUCCCUGAAAGACAUAUACUACAAUCCGUAUACGCAGGUUAUAUUGCUUGGCUUCGUUUGCUUUAUGGGUCCUGGAAUGUUUAAUGCGCUGAACGGACUGGGCGGUGCGGGUCAGUUGGAUGCGACCACUAGCGCGAAUGCGAAUACUGCUGUUUAUGCAACGUUUGCGGUCUCUGCUUUCUUCUCUGGUUCGAUUAAUAACAAGCUCGGUUCUCGCACAACUCUGUUCCUUGGGACGAUUGGCUACGCCCUGUAUAUUGCGGCAUUCUUAGCACUUAAUAACAAACCAAAUCUAACGAGUUUUGUCAUUGCCGCGGGAGCAAUCGAUGGUCUUUGCGCUGGCCCUUUGUGGACUGCACAGGGAUCACUGAUGCUUGCAUAUCCAACCGAAAGCCAGAAAGGUCGAUUCAUUGGAUUGUUUUGGACGGUGUAUAAUAUCGGCGGAGUUCUCGGAGCUGCAGUAUCUCUUGGACGUAACUUUCAUUCCACAGCAGGCUCAGUCGAUAACGGAACAUACAUCGGAUUCCUCGUUCUCUCCUGUAUAGGCGUCGUCAUCCCUCUCCUAAUGGCUAAUCCGGCGAAGAUGGUCCGAUCCGACGGGUCAAGAGUCUCAACUCCCGUGCGCGCUUCGUGGAAGACAGUCCUUCUCGGGAUAUAUGUCACACUGAAAGAAGAUCCGGCGAUAUUCCUCUUAUUUCCGAUGUUCUUUGCGUCGAAUUGGUUUUAUACCUGGCAAUUCAAUGACUAUAAUGGUGCAUUGUUCACCAUCCGAGCGCGGUCGUUGAACAACCUUAUGUAUUGGCUGGUGCAGAUGAUUGGCUCGGUUGCGAUUGGACGAGUCCUAGAUACUAAACGAUUGACGCGUCGUGUUCGUGCGUUCGCAGGUUGGAUGAUGCUUCUAGUAAUCGUCUUCGUCGUGCACGUCUGGGGGUUCUUCUAUCAAAGGACAUACACUCGGGAAUCUGUAAAGACUACCAAAGCGAUUGACAUUCAUGAUAAAGAAUAUGCAGCGCAUUUAUGGCUGUACAUUUUCUGCGCGUUGUUGAAUGCUAUGUGGCAGACGGCUACGUACUGGAUGAUGGGUGCCAUGUCGAACGAUCCUGCUAAAUUGGCUUUCUUGACCGGAUUCUAUAAAUCCAUUCAGUCAGCCGGUGCAGCAGGCGUAUGGAGAGCAGAUGCAGUCGCGAUUCCAUACAUGAACAUAUUCCUCUCAACAUGGAUACUCCUCGUCGCAGGCCUACUCUUCAUGCUACCCAUGCUAUUCUUACGCGUCACCGAUCAUACUCCGGAAGAUGCGGAUGGUGUAACUGCCGUGUCCACCAUGGACGAGGAAGCCAAGAUCUCUCCAAAGGCAGAGUAGACUGGAAUAAUACCUUUGCAAGAUAGGCGUUAUCGAGGACAAACAGUAGAGUUGGGGUUCAUAAACUGGAACUGGCUCCGGCGAAGGGAAAGGAACAUAAGUGACCAUUGUACGAACGAAGAACAAGUAUCAUUACCAUACAUAGACAAAAGGAACAAAAUCAUGUACUCUCCAUUCUCUGUACCAAUAAUC